AUGGAAAUAGACAAUUUCCCAAAGCCAACUAGAGAAGGUAUUGAUAACUCGAACCGCUUGAUUGUUGAUGAGAGGAGGUAUAACCGUAGUUAUUUGAAAGAAAAACAUGAUGAAUGGAUAGAGAUGAUGACAGCAGAGCAGCGAGGUAUAUACAAUGAUAUAACUGAUGCAGUUUUAAAGAAUUUAGGGGGUGUAUUUUUUGUAUAUGGCUUCGGAGGAACUGGUAAAACUUUUAUGUGGAAGACACUAUCAGCUGCUAUUAGGUCUAGAGGAAUGAUUGUUCUUAAUGUGGCAUCAAGUGGCAUUGCUUCUUUGUUAUUGGAAGGGGGUCGGACUGCGCAUUCUCGGUUUGCAAUUCCUAUCAACGUAAACGAUUAUACCCUUUGUCGUAUAAAGCCUAAUUCUGAUCUUGCGAACCUAAUAAAAGAAGCAUCUUUGAUUAUUUGGGAUGAAACACCAAUGAUGAGCAAGUAUUGUUUUGACUCUUUGGAUAGAAGCUUUGCUGAUAUUAUGGGGAACAUAGACAACAAAGUGUUUACAGGAAAGGUUGUUGUUUUUGGAGGUGACUUUAGGCAAGUGCUUCCUGUAAUCAAUGGAGCGGGUCGGGCAGAAAUUGUUAUGUCAGCUCUAAAUGCCUCUUAUCUCUGGGAUCAUUGUAAAGUGCUUAAGUUAACUAAGAAUAUGUGUUUGCUAACCAACAAUUUGAAUGUUGAUGAGGCUAAAGAUAUUGAAGAAUUUUCUGACUGGCUAUUAGCUGUUGGUGAUGGUAGGAUUUCAGAGCCUAACGACGGUGAUAGGAGAUGUGAAUGA